AGCAAGCAAAAAAGAUGGGUUCUCCUUCCUUCCAUGAACUCAAAAAACAAGCAUCUUUCUUUUUCAAAGAGAAGAUCAAGACCGCGCGAUUGGCCUUAACCGAUGUCACGCCUGCAGAGCUAUUGACUGAAGAAGCAACUGAUGAAGAUGCAUGGCCGCCAGACACGCGAACAAUGGGAUUAAUAUCGCGUGCGGCGUUUGAAGUCGAUGAUUACUGGAGAAUUGUUGAUAUUCUUCAUAAAAGGUUAUGGAAAUUUGAUAAAGAGAGAUGGAGAGUGUCUUAUAAGGCUCUUGUUAUAUUGGAUCACUUGCUUACACAUGGUCCAGAGAGAAUUUCUGAAGAAUUUCAAUGUGAUAAAGAGGUUAUCAAGGAGAUGACUACUUUCCACCAUCUUGAUCAAGAAAGGUUCAAUUGGGGAUUAAGGGUAAGAGAGAAAUCAGAAAGAAUAUUAAAGUUGCUCGAAGAAGAUCGAUCUUUUUUAAAAGAAGAGAGGUAUAGAGCCCGUAAGGUCACGAGUGGGAUCAAAGGUUUCGGUAGUUUUACUCAAAGAAGUGUCGCGAAAAGAUUCACAAAAUCAAGAUCCGAAAUAUAUAUCAAAUGUAGUCACAACAAUGACCAUCAUGAUGAAGAUGAAGACGAUAAUUUGGACUUUCACGAUCACCCAAUGAACAAGGAUGAGCAUCGGGAUAGAGUUCCGCUCGUUUCUACAUAGGUAUGAAAGGCGGUACGAUACACUUUUAUGAUCUAGAAGUAGACUUAUGCAUGUUUGGCAUACUCUUGUGAAAUAUACUAAUGAAAUAGUACAGAUACAUCAUACAUGAUACAUACUUUUGGUGUGUUUGACUUUUGAAAGUCAAAACCGUUGUUUCGAAUGGUAAAUUAAUACGUGUUUUAUAAAUACUCGAUGCGAAUUUUUUCC